CUUUCCACACCAUUCACAUCCACAAUGCUCGAACAGAUACCCCCAGAAAUCAUCUCUCACAUCACUUAUCACCUUUGCCUCUCCCCGUUGGCACUCACAACAACCACGCCCCCCGUCGCCCUUCUUCAAACAUGCAAGGCAAUUUACCAAGCUAUCGCCCCAGAGCGCAAUAUGCGGCUCUACGCCAGAAUAUAUAGGGGAUGGUUCGAUGUCGCCGCAGCUGAGCGGAGACUGGGUAAUAAGGAGCUUGCAGGCACACCAUGUGGGACGGGCGGGGAGAAUGGGAACGGGAGAAAGGGUAAUCUCGACAUGGGCAUGACUAAAGGGCAAGAAGGCGCCAUAACGGCCAGACUGAGAGCACAGGAUCUAGUAGACGAGAUGAAGAGACGUGUAAAAACCCUUGCCAGGUUGAGAGAGAUGGUGGAAAGAAGAGAUGUCACAGACGUGUCAGAUGAUGAUCUUUGGGUGCUGUACUUCAUGCUCAUCGAAAAUGAUGGUAAGAACGCGGAAAUCCUCUUUGGCGAUCAAGCAAUUGUACAUCUCCCGACAUUCCUCGAAUUGUACCACCGUCAACACUUGCUUGCUGCUGCAGUGGAGCCCGGAUAUCCUGAAGAAACUAUUGGCAGAAGUUUGGCCAUGUGGAUAGCUUGGCUCGUCCUCGGAUCUGGUCCAGAGGACGAAGCCCUGGAACAACGCGAAGAACGUCAAUUUGUUCUUCGCCCUUAUGUUUUUGCCGCUCCUCGCUACGACGCUUAUUUUGCACCCUGGACACUUCCAACUCUCCCUCUUAAACAUGCCCUUGCAUCCGCCGACGAAUCCAACCCCUAUAUUGCCGAUCUGGUGCCACGUUCUCGACUGGUACAAGUUAGAGCGUACGGGCGACAGUUAGAUCUUUGCCCUCCAAACAUCAGUCAAGCGGCAAUCCUGCGGUUCUUCUAUAGGCGACUGGGGGAAGAGGUAGAAGAGACCACGAUGGUAGCGCCUUUCGUGGCGUUGAGAGGUGACGGGAUCGGAGGCUCUGAGGUAUCCACCAGAGUACACUCUGCGUCCACCUCUCGCGCAAGCUCUGGCACAACUACUCCAGUUACUCGUCAUUCUCUCUCUGCCUCCUUCCUGCCCUCAUUUUCACCGCCCCUCCUUUCGUCCUCUUCGAUGCACGACCUUGACUUUUCCCGCCUUUCUUUGUGCUACGACCCCAUGCACACGCCCGGCAUGCCCCGGCCGACAUGGCGAGGCAGAUUUGAAGGAUGCUGGGAAGGGACAUUUAGCUUUUUCGAUUUUGAUGCGUUCCGGGAGAUGUUGGGAGGACAAGCAAGGGCGUUGUACGAAGGGCCUUAUGGAGAACAGGCGCAGGUCUGGAAGAUCAAGGAGACCUGGGUGAGGAAGCAAGGAUGGGUUAGAAGGGGGAGAAAAAAUGAAAAAGGCAAAGGGAAAGCCAAUCAGGAGGAAGAAGAAGAAUAUGAAGAGGAUGAGGAAGAGUUGGGCCGAUCACCCGUCUCUGGACCUAUGUUGAAUGCUGGUUUCCCAGUUGAUCAAAUCACACCUCCUUUUCCCGUCCUUGCUCCUUUUGCUGCCGAGGCAGCGACGCUAAACGAGACGAUUCAGCAGCAGCUCGAGACCUUGGAGGGGUAUGAAGCGGUGCCAGAACACGAAUUGGAUGAGAUGAUACGGCAAACGGAAGAAGACGGGGAUGGUGGGGAAGGGGUAGGGCUCGAGUUGUUGUUAACCGGCACAGGACAUUCGGCAUGGGGAAAUUUUAUACUAAAAGGUAGAGUAAGAGCAUGGGAUGGUAUGGCCUCCCUCGUAAAAGAAUAUGCCCCUGACUCAAGAGGCAAAUGGAUCUAUAGAGGCUACGUUCUCGCUGGUGACAUCUUCGUGGGCCGUUGGCGAGACACCUAUACGCCAGAAGCAUAUGUCGGGUACGAAGGUACAUUCAUCCUCAAUCGUCGAUAACCAUCUCCCCUUCUUGCCCUGUCCCUUGUCCUCCAAUCUUUAUACCCCUUCUCUCAACAAUUCUUUCUGUCCGAUCUUUCACCACUCCAUCCAUCUCUUCCUUCAAGACCUUGCAGGCUUCUACGCCUAAAAGGACGGAAGAGAUGCAAUGACAAGGGAUGGGAGAUCGGAUUCUUCAGGUUGUGAAAGAUCGAGGAGGGGUUGUAGGAGAUGUAGGCCGAUGGAAAUAGAGGAGACGUAGUCAAGGAGGGCUAUACCCGCAUCAAUCAGAGCGAGGGUGGUGGCGUUGAUGGAUGUAGGAAGAAUCCCUGUACAUUAAUCAAAUCGCGUUAAUAAUUUUGGGUUUAUUGUGUCCAACAUAGAAAUGAUAUGUACCUCCAUCUGC